AUGAUCCCCUUCCGUUCAAGUCUUUGCUUGAACACGUCUUCAACGCUGAGGUUUCGUAUACCCUCAAUCUAUCCAACCGUUAUCCAGCUAGUCAAGACCAAUAAAUAUUCUACACAAUCACAAACCCAGCAACCUUCACUUGAUAGAUCACCAACAGAGUUUCUUUCAAACUUGACCAAACCAAAAUUCAAUGAUAAAAUCACCAAGGCAUUGAGUUGCACAUCAGACAUUACUCCAAAUGAACCAACAGCAUCAAACUUACAAACAUCACAUAUACCUUUUGAAGUUAAGGCCAAAGAAAAAAAUACCAUCUCCUCGACUGACAAAGAGGUCCAAAAAUCUUUAUCUGAAAUAAUAAAGCCAUAUAUCGCAUUAUCAAAACCGAGACUAACUGCAUUAGUUGUGUUAUCAUCAAUUUGUUCAUAUGCUUUAACACCUUUCAGUGCCACAAUUCCAGAAUUAUUGUUUUUAACAGUAGGUACAGGUUUAUCAUCAGCUGCUGCAAAUGCAAUUAAUAUGGGUCGUGAACCAGAUUUUGACAAGUUGAUGGUUAGAACACUUGCAAGACCUGUUGUCAGAGGAUUAGUUACACCAAAACAAGCUUAUCAAUUUGCUGCUAUAUCUGGUACACUUGGUGUGUCCAUUUUAUACCUAGGUGUUAACCCAACUGUUUCUAUACUUGCUGGCUUAAAUAUAGUUUUAUAUGCUUGGAUUUACACUUCUUUGAAAAGACGUUCCAUUUUAAACACAUGGGUUGGUGCUAUUGUUGGUGCUAUUCCACCUUUGAUGGGAUGGGCUGCCUCUUCCCCAUUAACACAUCCAGGUGCUUGGUGUCUUGCUGCCUUGUUAUACGCAUGGCAAUUCCCUCAUUUCAAUGCCUUAAGUCAUAAUAUUAGAAAUGAAUAUAGAAAUGCAGGUUAUGUGAUGACUUGUUGGACUAACCCAAGAUUAAACGCAAGAGUUGGAUUCCGUUAUGCCUUAUUAAUGUUCCCAAUCUGUUUUGGAUUAAGUUAUUUUGAUAUUACUGAUUGGGUUUUCCCAAUUGAUUCAUUUAUUUUGAAUGGUUGGUUAGCUUACUGGUCUUUCAAAUUUUGGUAUCAACAAAGACAAAAUUAUAAAUCAGGUCAUGUUCCAGAUGCAAAUGGUAUGAAAUUGGCAAACAUGUAUGCAAAGAAAACAUUUUGGGGUUCUGUUUGGCAUUUACCUGGGAUUUUAGUGCUUGCAAUGUUACAUAAGAAAGGUCGUUGGGAUUGGUUAUUUGGAAGUAAUGAAGGUGCUUUGAAGCCCUGA